AUGUUCACAUUAAUACCAUCAGCGACGGGACGCCGGGUUCUGGAACGAACUGCUGCGCAAGUGGGUAAAGACGGCGAAGCAUCAAGGUGCGAACCUCGACCGCUACGAGAACGCCCCUGCGGCGAGGGAGCACUACGGCGUGGCGCCUAUGC